AUGCCUGUAACACAUGAAAAUAUUGCAAAUGAAACAUCAAACGACAAUGACCUAAAACCUCUUUUGAAAGCACUUCAAGAUGGUACUGAUUUAGAACAUAUUGGCUUGAAGAAUAAUGAGUAUUCACUUCAUGAUGGCUGCAUUUUUCGUGGUUCCAGAGUAGUAAUUCCUGAAAAACUGCAAGGAAAAGUACUCAAUGAACUUCAUUUAGGACACUUAGGAGUUGUGAAAAUGAAAAAUCUUGCAAGAAGUUUUUGUUACUGGAAACACAUUGACCGUAACAUAGAAGAUCUAGCAACGUCUUGUCGUCCAUGCUGUUUGAAGCAGAAUCUUCCUGAAAAAGUAGAUGUCCAUCCUUGGCUGGUUCCAUCAGGACCUUGGCAACGAAUACACAUCGACUUUGCAGGUCCAAUUUAUGGGCAAUACCUUUUUAUUAUCGUUGACGCCUAUUCAAAGUGGGUUGAAGUCAUACCAACCAAAACUACAACAUCUAAUUGGUGCAUUCAACAGCUGAGGAAACUUUUCUCUACCUUUGGUUACCCGUUCACGUUAGUCUCUGACAAUGGUCCUAACUUCACAUCAUCUAUCUUCAACCAAUUCCUACAAGCUUGUGGCGUCACACACAAAUUCUCUGCCCCCUAUCACCCUGCAACCAACGGACAAGCAGAGAGAUUUGUUCAGACUGUAAAGAAACAGUUAAUAGCAAUGGAGAAUGAUGGAGGAGAUUUGCACUUCAAAAUAAAUCACAUCCUAAUGUCACUAAGGAAUGCCACAAAUGCUACAGGGUCCUCGGCAUAUGAACUUAUGUUUGGGAGACGAAUAAGGACAAGGCUGGAUCUUAUGAAGAAACCCCAAGAUCACACAGAAAUGCCCGACGGAUGUACAAAAAUGAAAAGAGAGUUUCGGGUGGGGGACAGGGUUCAGGUGCGCAAUUUCGGAAAAGACGGAAAGUGGAAAUUUGGAAACAUAAGAAGGAGAGAAGGAUUGGUGCAUUAUCAAAUCGAGAUGGACGGUGGGCAGGUUUGGAGAAGGCACAUUAACCACAUUCGGCCGUGUAAAUUUGAGGGGGAGGAUUAA